UAAUACAUUUUACAACGCCGUUUGUCAUACGAGAAAGAAAGACAGAGACAUAUCUAAAGCAGCAGCUGUAUGUAUAAUUAAAGUCCUGGCAUUAAGGUCUCAAUUUGUUAUCCAAAACCCAGUUUAUGCUGUGAUUCUUUCUCGUUUCUCCCACCCAUAUCACCAAGAUGAAUAGGGAAAAGCUAAUGAAAAUGGCCGGUGCAGUACGCACUGGUGGCAAAGGCAGCGUUAGAAGAAAGAAGAAGGCAGUCCACAAAACCACCACCACAGACGAUAAAAGACUCCAAAGCACCCUUAAGAGAAUUGGGGUUAAUGCUAUUCCUGCUAUUGAGGAAGUCAAUAUCUUCAAGGACGAUGUAGUUAUCCAGUUUGUUAGUCCUAAAGUUCAAGCCUCUAUUGCUGCCAACACUUGGGUUGUUAGUGGUUCUCCACAAACGAAGAAAUUGCAAGACAUUCUUCCAGGAAUUAUAAAUCAGUUGGGGCCAGAUAACUUGGAUAACUUGAGGAAGCUGGCUGAACAGUUUCAGAGGCAAUCACCUGGAGCAGGUACUGAUGCUGGUGCAGCUGCAACACAAGAUGAUGAUGAUGAAGUCCCUGAACUUGUUCCUGGUGAGACGUUUGAAGCUGCUGCAGAGGAGACCCCUGUACAGGCUUCAUAGAGUUUGAAUGGGCGUUUCAUUCCUAAUAUUUCUCUAUGUUUUGGGUUGUAUCUAUAAUCAUCUCAUAGCUGCUGCUUUAUUUGGUCUGACAUACUAGAAAGUUGACACUUGCUAUGUUUUGAUUAAUGAAAAUUUUGCACAACAUUGACCCAGCCACUUUCUUGGCAUGAAUGAUUGAUUAAGUUAUUUACUGAA